AGGCGCAGGCUCAGGAGGGGGCGGAACAGCGGGAGCCGGGGAGCCUGAGCCUCGGGUCCCCGCGACCGGAGCCGGCUCCCCAGCGGCGGCCUGAGGACCGGGCCUCGGCCCCUUCCCGUCCCCCGCGACUGGAGAGCAGACGCGGUUGCGGGUGGAGUGGGGGCGGCGUCCGGAAUCACAAGGAGAGAGGGCAGAGGCGCCCCCCCAUCCCGAUUAACUGGAAGGGAGCAAAUCUCCCCGAGCCUGGGGAGGGGGAGAGCGGGGCGUUGGAGCGCCCCUGCAGUGGCCGCUGUCCUGAGCGAACGGGCAUCGGCCGGCUCUCCCCCUCCUGCUGGGACCCUUACGAGCGACCAAAGCCAGGGAUCCCCCUCCUUCAGCGCCUGCAUCCCCACACCCUGGUUCUGGCAGUGACCCAGGGAGGAAACCCCGUCUGUCCUGGAGAGGAGAGUCUGUCCUUCCACGCCCCUGAGUGGGAGAGAGGGCUCAGGGCCCAGGCUGCCCCUGCCCCCCAGGCUCUGGCUAGGGGGAAGGGCCUCGCCAGCCCCAACUUCUUUCCUCCUGAACUCCCCAUCCCUCUGUCUCAGCAGCCUGCGGUCCUCUCCUCUCCCUAUUUAUUUCCUUGGCCCCCCGCCAGCCCCUCCAUCUCUGUCUCUGGGACUCGGGCCGCCCUCACUGCCAUGGAGAGUAACCUGUCUGGCCUGGUGCCUGCUGCUGGGCUGGUGCCUGCACUGCCGCCCGCCGUGACCCUGGGUCUCACGGCGGCCUACACCACCCUAUAUGCCCUGCUGUUCUUCUCUGUCUAUGCCCAACUCUGGCUGGUGCUCCUGUAUGGGCACAAGCGUCUCAGCUAUCAGACGGUGUUCCUAGCACUCUGUCUGCUCUGGGCUGCCUUGCGUACCACCCUUUUUUCCUUCUACUUCCGAGAUACCCCCCGAGCCAACCGCCUGGGGCCCCUGCCCUUUUGGCUUCUCUACUGCUGCCCUGUCUGCCUGCAGUUCUUCACCCUGACGCUUAUGAACCUCUACUUUGCCCAGGUGGUGUUCAAGGCCAAGGUGAAGCGUCGGCCGGAGAUGAGCCGAGGCUUGCUGGCCGUCCGCGGGGCCUUCGUAGGGGCCUCCCUGCUGUUUCUGCUGGUGAACGUGCUGUGUGCCGUGCUCUCCCGCCGGCGCCGGGCACAGCCCUGGGCCCUGCUUCUGGUGCGCGUCUUGGUGAGCGACUCCCUCUUCGUCAUCUGCGCACUGUCUCUUGCUGCCUGCCUCUGCCUCGUGGCCCGGUGGGCCCCCUCCACCAGCAUCUACCUGGAGGCCAAGGGCACCAGUGUGUGCCAGGCGGCCGCAAUGGGUGGUACCAUGGUCCUGCUCUACGCCAGCCGGGCCUGCUACAACUUGGCAGCCCUGGCCUUGGCCCCCCGGAGCCGGCUGGACGCCUUCGACUACGACUGGUACAAUGUCUCUGACCAGGCCGAUCUGGUGAAUGACCUGGGAAACAAAGGCUACCUGGUGUUUGGCCUCAUCCUCUUUGUGUGGGAGCUGCUGCCCACCACACUGCUGGUGGGCUUCUUCCGGGUGCACCGGCCCACGCAGGACCUGAGCACCAGUCGCAUCCUCAACGGACAGGUGUUUGGUUCCCGUUCCUACUUCUUUGACCGGGCUGUGCACUGUGAGGACGAGGGCUGCCCCUGGGAGCACAGCCGGGGCGAGAGCACCAGCAUGUCAGGCAGCCUAGGCUCAGGCAGCUGGUGCCAGGACCCGGCAGCCACCACCACUGUCUCUACUCUACCCCGCAGACGUGAUCCCCCACUUCCCCCACUAGGAUGCCCAGACCCUAGUCCCCCUGCCCCCAGGCCCCUGGACCAAGUUUGACUGCAGCUUCUUGCCCAGGGCCCUGGGGGCUGUGGCCACCUCCUCCCCAGCCGGCUCCUUGGCUGCUCCUGUCGUAGUGAGCUUGUGCCGCCCCCCUAGGAUGGGGGCCUGGCCUAGCUGCCAGAUGCCCACAGCACCCUGGCAUGAGCUGCCACCCCCACAUCCAUGCUGGAGCCAGUUCCCUCUCCUGCAUCUUCCAUUCAAUAAACAGUAUCUGUGUCCUGUG